CGAAGCACAGAGCAAGAGCUUCAUCGCCUCCGCCAAAUCUUUGAUGCCUAAGCGAUAGAUUUUGAUAUGCUGGUCUCACGGAGAGCGAUCGAGGGAGGCGAAAGGCGCCACCUUGAUGAGUUUUCUCUACUCAAAUUUGGAUUUUUAAGAUUCAAGUUCGACCUCUUCGUUCUUCUUUUCUGAGAUUGAAACUUCCGCGUGAGGAAUCAGGAUCAACUAGGCAUUGUGUUCUGUUUUGCUGGAACAAUGUUCUAGAAAGUGUUGCUUUGAUCCGAAAAGAUUAAGGAAGAUCGCGCUCUGUGAAUGAUCUGUUCUUUUUUUUUUUUCGUGUUCUAGUUUGAAAUUGCAAUCUUUAGAUCAUUCGAAAUUUUGCAGUGGAGGCACAGGGCACAAGAAGAUUCCAGUACCAAACCCAAAGAUUUGGCGAACAGGAUGCUGAGGAAGAGAUCGAGAGCAAUCGGUGGAAAACAAGCCCUAAUGUCCGAUCUCCACUCCCUCCCUUCUUCCAGUAGCUGCUGCUGCAACAAGUCCAGGGCUUUCUCAAUCUUCCCCUCUCCAAGGCUCUUUGUUGGGGUCUCCUCAAGUACCUCCUCGGACUCCGAAGCCGCCAUGAGCCCGACUUCCAUACUUGAGACUAAGAGCUUGCCCUCGAUCGGCCGCCAUCUCUUCUUCGAUGCUGCCAAAUCCAGUGGCGGAGAGAAUAACCGACUCGCUGGAUCAUUUGGCGACUCCGAAGCUGUUGGGCUCGGUAUCAUUGACGCUCUCAACGACGAGAAAUCCGCCGAAGCUUACCUCAAAUCGAAGACUAGGAUGGUGGUAUUUGGGUCGCAGCUCAAGAUCCGGAUUCCUUCCCUUUGCCCCGGCUCGAUGUCUCCGGUCGGAUCCCCGAUAGAGUUUGGCGUCAAGAACAAAGAAUCUCAACUGGCUCUUCUCUCCCCUGCUCGGAAUUCUCUGGGCUUGGAAAUGCCGGUUUCUUCUUCACCUAGGGUUUUUGCUGGGUGCGUCUCUAUCAGCGAGAUGGAACUCUUGGAGGAAUACACUUGUGUGAUAUCUCAUGGUCCAAAUCCUAGAACCACGCACAUUUUUGACAAUUGCAUAUUGGAGAGCUGUGGAGAUGGGUUCACUGCUUCCACCGAAAGCAGCAGCCCUGCAUCAACUGAUAGCAGAGACCACCUUACCAAUGAUUUCUUGAGCUUCUGCUACACAUGCAAGAAGAAUCUUGGCCAAGGAAAUGACAACUUCAUAUCUAGAUUGUAAGCAUAAAUGGAGAGUUACUCCUCUCAAGAUCUGCCUGAAAAUUAUUCUAUAGUUGCUUGUGUUGUGGAACCACUCAUGUGAGAGCUUAUUUCUGUAGAGGGUCAUGGACUAGUUCUUUUCUCUUCUUGGGUUAGCUCAACAGUCAGUGAGAUUGAUGCUUUGUUACCCUAGGCAAAUUCCUGGCUCUUGACUAAUUGAAUAUUGCUUAAUUCUUCCUGAGGUUUAGUCAAGCAUUCGGAGAUCAAGGUUUUGAUUCCUACCGACUGUUUUUGUUUUGUUGGGAUCAUGUUCAGAUCAGAAUUCCAUGCACUAGGCCCUGUCCAUGCCAUUGUUACUGGGGCCUCAUGUCUUCAGUGUUCACUGCCGAGGUCCCCCAAUCUUUGGUAAUGGCUGUCUUCAUGAUCCGCGAAAAGUAAAUUUAAUCAGAUGUCUCCAUGCCUUCAAUUUAGGGUCACUCCACCUGGAUUUGCUAGGGAAAGUGACCUUUCAUGCGCCCCCUCUAUUAGUGAAUUUUCUACUGUCGUCGAAGAAAUGAUUCUUACACCAUGUUACACUUAAAACAGUGAUUAAACCUUUUCUUAUCUUCAAAAAAUUGAAAAGAGAUCAUUGCUGUACUUGGAAUUUCUGUGAUUCAGUAUGUUUCCUUCACAUGUGGCAACAUUUUUCUUGUCUUUCAGAGGUGAGAAAGCCUUCUGCAGUAGUGAGUGCCACAAAGAAGAGAAGCUCAGUGACU